AUGGAUGGCCAUGACGCCUUUCCCAGGUCGUCACCACACAGUGACACGUCCUGGCAGGUAGCAGUGGCCCUGCAAGACAUGAAGUUCUCUGCCGCGCAUUUUGUCGCCUUUGAGGGUUUCCGAGAACCUUUGCAUGGUCACAACUACACAGUAGGUGCACGAAUUGGCUCCAAGCGGCCUCAGGCAGAUGGCUACGUGGUCGACUUCGGCGACCUGAAAAAGGUCAUCCGAGGCAUUUGCAAGGAGAUGGACCAGCGGACUCUUCUUCCGGCGAAGAGCGACGUACUUUGCUUUUGUGAGGACUCUAGUUCAGACAAGCUGGAGAUACAGUGCCAGGGUGGCGUCAGAAUGGUGCUGCCUCGGCAGGACUGCAUUCUGCUCCCAAUUGUGCACACUACUGCAGAGGAGCUAGCGGAAUACAUUGCGUCAGAGGUCAUCUCACGGAUUGGCGGCUUUUUGCAGAAGCGUGGGUGCGAAUGGCUGGAGGUUCAGGUUUCUGAGCGUCCCGGCCAGGGAGCAGCCCAUAUGACAUCAUUACGCCCAGAGCGCCUGGCCGUUCCUGUCAGCCUCAAGAGGCAUGUGCCCAGACCAUGCAUGGUCCCGGUGAGCAGCAUGGACGAUCCCGUCGAUGAGGUCCUGCGGGAGCUGCCGAGGGCGUCCUCCGCAAGCUCCGCAAGCUCCGAGGUACAGUUCGUUCCAUCGCCGAAUCGUCGUCCCCUAAAGCUGUCAAAGAACUUCCAACGACCUGCUGGCAGUGCACAUCCUUUGGCAGAGGAAGCGUUUCGGCAAUUGCUCUCGACUUUGGGCCCAGAGGAGUCUUCGCGGCCAGAGUUGUACAAGACUCCAUAUCGUGCUGCAAAGGCGUUCAUGGAAAUGACUGCUGGCAGUAGCAUCAAGGAUCCACUCGAGGCAGUCGGUGACGCAGUUUUCGAGGUGGAGGGUGCUCACGAUCUGGUGGCCGUGCGAGACAUUCCUUUUCACUCUCUCUGUGAACAUCACCUCCUUCCGUUCUCUGGGACUGCGCAUAUUGCCUACUUCCCAGACGGAAGGGUCCUCGGCCUUUCGAAGUUUGCCAGACUGCUGCAGGUCUUCGCCCGCCGGCUGCAGCUCCAGGAACGCCUCACCCACCAGUUUGUGGAUGCGGUGUUUGAGCUGCUCUCGCCCAAGGCGGUGGCAGUCAGCCUGGAGGCAACCCACGCCUGCAUGAGCCACCGGGGUGCGUCGGUGCCGUCGAGCACACGAACGAUUGCACUGCGGGGACCACAGAAGGACGAUCCCGCCCUAAAAGAGCAGCUGCUCCUUGGUGUUGGCCGUGGUGGAGCGGUGGCCGCCAGACUGUGA